AUGACCCCCGCACGGAUGAGCUGUUAUAGCCCUGAAGAUAAUUCUCUUAUUACGAAAGAUGUACACAAAGCGGUGAAGGAAGACGUCGAUGCUGUUGUUCUUGCUGCGCGCGCUGGAUUCCAGAAAUGGUCCCACACCUCACCGGCUGAGCGAGCCAGUGUUAUUCUCAAGUUCGCGGAUCUAAUCGAGGCUCAUGCCGAUCAGAUUGCGCUUUUGGAGGCGGCAUGCGCUGGAAAGCCUCUACAGGUAUUUCACGGGUUCGAGAAAGUCUUGGCCACCAGUGUCUAUAGGUACUAUGCAGGAUGGUGUGGCAAGUUAGGGGGUGAAUCCUUUCCCGCUGAUGAUGGCAGUGGUCUAAUCAGGAUUGUUUACCGUGAAGCCAUCGGGGUCUGUGCAGCGAUCGUGGCCUUCAAUGGACCAAUUGGUCUGAUGGCAAUGAAAGCUGCACCGUGCUUAGCAGCAGGAAACAGCAUCAUCAUCAAGGCAAGCGAAAAGUCCCCUUUAUCGAGCCUCUAUCUCGGUCAAUUAGCCAAUAUGGCCGGCUUUCCUCCUGGGGUAGUGAACUUUGUUUCUGGAGAUGGGGAGACCGGAGCUCUCCUAGCCGCUCAUAUGGGCAUUGAUCACAUAUCUUUCACUGGAAGUGUUGAGGUGGGUAAAAAAGUAGCCCAAGCGGCUGCACAGAGUAACCUCAAGCGGGUGUCCCUGGAGUUGGGUGGCAAAAGCCCUAGUAUCAUCUUUGCAGAUGCUAACCUUGAUAUCGCUAUACAAUGGUGUGUUCAAGGUAUUGUUGGACUAUCUGGCCAGGCUUGCUUCGCAAGCUCCAGGCUGUAUGUUCAUAGCGAUAUCAAAGAGCAUGUGAUUCAGCGAAUGAAAGACGCCUUUGAAGCUAUGGAUGGUGCUUACGGGGAUUCUCAUGAUGCAACUACGUUACAUCCACCUAUGGUGGAUAGAAAACACUUUAACCGAGUUUUUGACCUUAUUGAAGGUGGCAAAAAUGAGGCAACUCUUGUGACAGGAGGUGAAAGAAUGUUUGAUAAGGGCUGUUGGAUACGCCCCACAAUUUUUGCUGAUCCAGUGUCCGACGCCACGAUUUCCAAAGACGAGAUCUUCGGCCCAGUGGUCGUUAUCUCAAGUUUUACUGAGGAGUCGGAAGUCGUUCAUGCGGCUAAUAACACCAAAUACGGGUUGCACAGUGCCGUUUUUACUCAGGAUAUCAACAGAGCUAUGCGAGUGGCGGGCAAGAUCUGCAGUGGAACAGUUUGCAUUAAUUGCUGUGCUAUGGUGGACCCUUAUGUGCCUUUUGGAGGGCGCCGUGAGAGUGGUUGGGGACGCGAACUGGGCAAGGUUGGUCAUGUUAUUUCUUCAUCAUCUACGAUGUCACACAUCCGAUAG